AUGCAACACGUCGCGAACAGAAGACUUGCUCUGGAGGCAGCGGAAGCUGAUACCGAUGAAGAAGGCGUGCCGUCACAACUGAAGGGCCUUAAACUCUGCAUCGCCGAUCCCAAAGUCUGGAUUUUCGCCUUCAUCUAUAUGGGUCUUACCGGAGCGCAAGGGUUUGGAUACUAUUUCCCCACCCUGACAAGGACUCUGGGCUACAGCCAUUACAUAUCACUUUUGCUCGUGGCGCCACCUCACAUCUUUAUCACCAUCUGGAGUUACGUCCACGGCAUUGUAAGCGACCGUUUCACCACCCGAUACUGGUUCUGCUUGUAUCCAGCAGUGAUCUCAAUUAUUGGCUUUGUGGUCUUCAUGACCACCGAUAUUUUUGGGCCGAAGUACAUGACGUUCUUUUUCAUGAUGUUUCUCAUGAAUAUCAACGGUACCUUGUUCAGCUGGAUUGCUGGAGUCGUCUCUCGGCCACCCGCCAAACGUGCCGCGGCAUACGCUCUCAUCAAUUCUCUCGGUAAUUCCGUUUCCAUCUGGACCCCAUACACGUACCUUGAUAAGGAGUCACCGUACUUCUUCACCGGUAUCGGAAUUUGUGUUGGACUCAUCGCAUCGGCUGCAGCGCUGAUGACACUGCUGCGGUUCAUUCUCAUUCGAGAGAACAAUCGGCUAGCUAGGUUGGAGAACGAGGACGUCCAAUUGACGCAGAAGGAACUGGCUAAGCUCGAGAAAAGUGCGCGUGUGGAGGGAGUCAGUCUCAGUACGGCGCGCGCUUUACAAAAAGGCUUCAGGUACACCAUAUAA